UGUCGCCAUCUUCUGAUGAAUUUUUAUUGGGUUCGGGAUUUUUCCUAAAUUCAUGGAUUUGGAGACCACCUAGAACCUACCCUUUGUCCUACGGACAUUUAAUAUGAUGGCGACAGCAUGACGCAUACAACGGGAGUUUCGAACGGCGCUAGUCUUGAGGACUGUCACACAAAUUUCUUCGCAUUGGCGGACUUGUGUGGCCUCAAAUGGCGUCGUUUGAGCACCGAACACCCGUCGCCCGGUGGCGUGGAACCACUGUCCGAGCCCGUGCUGUGGUCCUUCGCCAAGUGCCUCGCGGCCGACCUGCUGUGUGUCUGGCGCAGGGUGGCGCGGCCCGAGCACCAGCACCGGCGCGAGCUCUGGCUCUUCUGGUACGGCGAAGAGCCGGACCUGAGCGGCCUCGUCUCGCCGGAGCUGAGCGAUACGGAGCAAGGCAGCUGGGAAAAUGGCCUCUCCUACGAGUGCCGUUCCUUAUUGUUCAAAGCUCUACACAACCUUAUACAAAGGUGCCUGUUAUCAAGAGGAUUUACCAGGAUGGGCAAGUGGUUUCUACAGCCCUGCGAUAGCGCAGACAAGGAUAGGGGGGGCUCCAGUGGAACACAGCUUUCAUUUUCAUUUCACUUCUUCGUACAUGGUGACAGCACGGUGUGUGCCAGCGUUGAUGUGCGGCAACACCCACCCAUUCAUCGUAUCUCUAGGCAGCACUUGUUGGCUGCACAGUCUGCUAGCCAAAGCCCAUGUAAAGUGAUUCUGGGACCCUAUGGCCUGGCCGGUGUGCUGACAGGCCAGGGAUUCAAGGAGAAUGAUGUGUCCACCCAGACCUUGUUGGCUGAGUGGCAUCAAUUCUAUCCACUGCCUCUUCUCAACAAUUCAGCCCAUCGGAGUGAUGCAACCGCUUCAAGCGGUGAUGAAGAACCAUUGCCAUGUGCCCUUGAGGUCCUUGUAGGUGGUGUCAAGCUGCGGUAUCCUUCAUGCUACGUUUUCAUCGCUGAAAGCGAUGAACCAGUGUCGGGACAGCAGACGGAGCCAUCUCAAGGCACGACCCCUGUGACUCCUGCUCCAGCAGCAGCAAGUGGGCCGUUCGGCGCAGGGGGCGGCAUGCAUGGCGCCGCACCUGUUCGGCCACACAAUUUUCCGGCUGGCAUCAAGCCCGGUAUCCCACCUGGUUUAACAGCCGUUCUGACGCCUCCUACAUCACCCUGUGAGCCUGGCUACCUCCACGGUGCGAUGAUGGCGGCAAGGACUGCUAGUGGUGCCGCUGGGACGUCACAGUCCUCGCGACCGGUGCGGCUGGUGCCCCCCGAGCUGCCGAUGGGACCCCACGCUGCUCCCAGUGCAUUCAUUGCGCAGAAGGCGAAAGUGGCUACGUGGCAAGACUCUCUGGUGUCCAGGGCAUGCGAUGAAGAGACUGGUGCUAGCUGGGAGUUCUGUGACCCGUGUGGGCAGACGCAUUGCUUCUGUUUCAGGUGUAAUCGUAGCACUCGACCUUGUGCGGCUUCUGCCACGUCGGGCACUGGAAGUUUGGUCAGCCGGGGCCCAUCUCCGAGCCCGUCAGGAGCUUCCUCUGUCAAGAAACCCGGUGCCGACAAGAGCCCUGCACAUUCCUCCCUUGGCAGCCAGGCAAAGCCUUCUUCGCGAGGUGGCACUGGUAGCAACAGCGCACCUUCCACUCCAUUCCACCGGCGCAGCCCUGUGCCUGGGGUGGACUAUGAGGGUGCAGUGGCACUGGUGUCCCGAGUGGCCAGCGGAGGCCUUCCCCAGCUGUCCCAUCAGCCAGCAGUGGGAGGGCCUCCGCCGUCAGUGGGGUCAUGCUCGCACCCAGGCACCCCACUGCUGCUGAGUGAAGGGCCAGCCUCGCAGGCAUCUCAAGCAGACCCCGCCAUGCCCACAUUGUCCCCGCACCCACCGCCGCGAGACGAGCCACGGCCUUCUCCUGCGCCUGGUGCAAGCCCUGCACCCGCAGUUGCUGAGUCGGCCAAGGACCGGCAGCCCGGGGAGCAGCUCCUUUCACCAUCAUCUUUGCUGGAAGUAAAACCGCCUCUGGAAGCACCACCAUCCUGCUCGCCAGGCGGUACGUCUCAUCCCUGGGGUGGCCCUGGCUCAGUUCCAUCUUCCUCUGCGGCUACCCCUCUGGCAUCCACUGUAGUACAUGCUCCGCCAUCAGUGGGCACAGAUGAGAUGCCGGGCACGCCCCUGGCUGCUCCUGGUGGUCCAGCUUCUUUGCCGCCAGGUACACCUGUUGGGGGACCACCUGGUACCCCCGCUCCUCAGCUCCAGGCUCCUCCAACUACGCCGGGACCACCUGCAACACAGCAGCAGCAACAACCUCAGCAGCCACAGCAGCAGCAGCAGCAGCCUGUGCAACAACAUCAUCACCAAGGCUUGAAACGGCCGUGUCUUCCUGCUGUUCCUCACGAGGCUCUUUUGGAAGCAGAGGCCUCAAUGCCACUAGGAAGCUGCCUGCUGUAUGAUUAUACCACCAUUUACCAACCUCCAUGGGACGUGCCUCCAUCCAAACGACCGGCCAUGGGCGCUCCUCGGAGAUCGAGCCCAAAUGAUGCGUGGAGACUGUCUCUGCCCUGCCGGCAGCCAGAGUUGAAUGGUGAUUGCAUGACUGCUGCUUCGGCCAAUCAGAUGGGGGAAGGCGGUUCCACUUCCGGUGCAUCAAGUGCGAGGGACCCGUAUGAGUUUCAUGACGAGGCAGAAGAAGACCCUGCCGCUACUAUUGCCACUGCAGCUGCCACUCCCAGUAACCAGCCAGCUCCUGCUCAGCAGAAUGGAACGCCCAAUCAGACCACUACUCCUGUUGUAGUCAAGGAGGAAGAAAAGGACAGUGUGCCCAUGGAAAUAGUGGGCACAGAGCCAGCGCUUUCGUCUGUCGACCCAUCUGGUGUGGCGGGCAUCGCUCAUGGUGGUGGCAUCGGAGAGCCCACCACUCCCGGAUCUCAGGGGGACAUCGCCCCAGGUGGCUCACCUCCCACGCCUCGACAUCCAGGCUUCACCCGAGUGGAAGACCUGAAGGUGACCGAAUGUGACCUGGAGAACAUCUUUGACACCUCCUCUUCGGACGAAAGCAGCGAUGACCCCUUUCAGGCUCCAUCUACACCAAGCUCCACAAAGCCUCCGGGUGCCACUGAUGAAGCCAUCACAAAGUCUAAAAGCAGCACGACAGCAGGCAUUCUUGGAGCGGCAGAAUUGACACGGAUGUUUCCCACACCACCAUCGCUGGAGCACAAUGCGGCCCCAUCUCCAUCGUGCCCUGGCAUUGGGACAGACUUGCUGAUGGGAGAGUCUGGUGAUCGGACGUUGGACCCCUACGGCAACUGUGCUAGUCCGGGCUUUGACGGCGCUAAGGACUGGUCAUACGUAUACAAGGCUCCCAAGGUGCAAACGUUCGUCAGCUCACAACGUUAUGCCCCGCUGGCACAGCUUCCCAGUGCAACACUGCCGCCGCUGCCUCCUCUCGAAGUUUCCUAUAAGCCCUGCUGGCAGCAGCACACACAACAGCAAGCUCAGGCUCCUCCCCAGCCACCUCCCGGUCCCCGUCCACUUCCUCACUACCACCCGGCUGUACACCAACAGCAGCAGCAACAGCAGCAGCAGCAUCAGCACGUACCGCCAUCUGUGCCACCACACCUAAUGGGCGGCAUGCAUGGCUCUACACAAGAGGCGGCCUUCCUCAUGCGCAUGGGCGGAGGAGGCCUGCACCACCCAGGGCUCCUGGAACGCCACCCUAGUCACCACCCGGGUAUAGAAGAGCGGGCCUCCUACCAUGGCUCGGCUGCCAUGAUGGGCAGCCCUGGAGCAGCGAUGGGCUACGAGAUGGGACAGGCACCCUAUCAGGCUGCAUUGAUGGGGGGCUUUCCGGCUGGUAGAGGACCCUGCUUGGGAGGUCCCCCUGAGCCUGCAACACCAGAGGCCGAUUCCCUUCUUGUCAACCUCCUAUUGUCGGACUCCUUGCUCGAGCUGUUCCGGGACCACAACUUUGCCAGCUGCACGCUCUGUGUCUGCAACAUGAACAUCAAAGGUGCGGACGUUGGCGUGUACCUGCCCCCAUCACUGGUUCCCACUGCUAGUGAAGAGGCCCAGUACAAGUGCACUUGUGGCUUCUCGGCUGUUGUGAACCGGCACCAGUCGCACCGGGCUGGAUUGUUCUAUCAGGAUGAGCUUGACAUAACUGGUCUGCCUUAUGAGGCACGACCUGGACCAAAUGCUAAGGUUCUGCUUCAGCAACAACAACAACAACAAGCCAGGCUUGGUCCAGCUGCCAGGGCAGGAUUGGGCAUGUCUGCUGCUGGCCAUCUCCCUACUCAGUCUUUGGCUAAGCAGGUGAAUGAAGAAGGCCUGAUGGACUACGUACAGAACCAGUGUCUGGGCAUGUCCUUAUCACCGUGUUCAGUGCUGCACAAGACUCUACAGCUGGGCUCUGAGCCGCCACUGCCACCUCCUGUUGGAGCACUCCCUUCACCAAGCUCCUUGGCUCUGCUUCAGGCCCUGGAUGGCUGUGAGGUUGCCUCUGGGGCCCUUGAGGCUGUUGCUGCUCGACCAUUAGAGGAUAACCUCAGAAGCUCCUGCCUUCAUCACUGGCCUUACCUGCAUUGCCCGUUUCCCACUAGCAGCUUAUUGACGAUGGGACUGCUGCGUGGCCUGCAGCCCUUACUGCAAGAUGCUGUACACAAAAAGCGCAACCAGGGCCUUUGGGAAGUAACGUACCGUGUAGCAGGACCCCUCACUUGGCGCCAAUUUCAUCGUCUUGCUGGACGAGGCACUGAAGACCAGUGUGAGCCGCAGCCAAUACCAUCGCUGCUGGUCGGUUAUGAUAGGGACUGGGUUGCCCUCUCACCUUUCGCACUUAAGUACUGGGACAAACUCCUGCUAGAGCCCUACUCACCGUCACGAGACAUUGCCUACGUGGUGGUGAUGCCAGACAGUGAAGCAGUGCUUCCAGGUGUACGAGCUUUCUUCCAAGAUCUUAGCGCAACCUACCAGGCGCUGAAUCUUGGCCGCCAUUGCCCGCUUUCUCGAGGAGGUCUGCGUGAGGGGCUUCUUCGUGUGUCCUGCAGCAUGGCUCUGCCGUCUACGAGUGAGCCGCAACAACCUCCGUCAGCUCCCGACGAUGACUGGCUGGGACCGCUAGCAGAGGGACCCCUGGGACCUCGGCUAAGGCUUUUCGCCCGCGCAUGCAAGCUACAGCUGGGUCCUCACCUAGCAACGCAGAGCCUAGACAGGGGUAUGUUAGAAGGUCCCCCAGCCUUGAACCGGUGUGGUGCUGAAGCAAGGGCACCACUCGCCUCGCCACGGCCGCCACCAACGCCCGAGGCAGCUCAAGAUGGAAAUGCCACGCCACGACCGCAUGAUACGGCAGAGAGUUCCCAGGAAACAUCAACAGCGUCAGGAGCUGCAGGGACAGCUGCGGGGCCAGGAACUUCUGCAGGAAACCAGAGUAGCUCUACGCCAUCUUCCAACCAAUCUGCCUCGAGCGCAGUGCCAACCAGCACAGGCUCGGGGAGCGGUGCCAGUUUCGGUGGUGGCGCCAGCAGUGCGUCGGGGUCGACGACGGGUGGCUCAUCGGGCACCAGUGCACCAGCAUUUACCUCGGAUGAGGGUGAAGAGGAGCAGCAGCCCCCAGCUCUGGUUGUGUACCUGGUGGAACCAUUCACGCUCGGCUGCUCGGAUCCUGAUGUUCUGCGCUCAGCCACUCUGGGCCUGCAUCGGUGCUUCUCCCAACUUCUGGAGUGUCUGCCCGAGCCUCUGCAGAGCAACACUUAUGUUCAGAUUCUGAGCUUGGACUCGAUCUUGGGAGGCGCUGGCAACACGUUAGAAGGUGUUCGACGACAAGAUCAAUUGCGGUCACACGCCCUCUCCAUGUUUUAUCAGUGUGCACGGCUUAUCACGCAUCAGUCCAACGUCAAAUCUCUCACAGGAUUUGGUCCAGCAGCUGCACAGGAUGAAUUUUUGAAGUCCCGACUGGGCGGUGUCAAUCCAAUGAAGUUGUGGAGCCCGCCAUUUGUUCUUGCUCCACAAAAGGACAAGCAGACUGAGCUGGGUGAGAUGUUUGGGGACCGCAGGGAAAGGUGUGGCAUCCUCUUCUGUGCUUACUGCCUGACUGAGGACCAGCGUUGGCUUCUAGCUAGUGUCAGCAAUGACAAAGGCGACCUGCUCGACAACUGCUCCAUCAACAUUGAAAUCCCGAACCGGACACGUAGGAAAAAAGUGUGUGUUCGUCGACUGGGCCUGCAAAAGUUGCUUGAGUGGUUGUUGGGUGUUGCGGCAUGUGGUGCUCGUGCUGGUGGUGCAGUCGCCCAGCCGUGGCGACUAAUUGUUGGUCGGCUGGGCCGUGUCGGCCACGGCGAACUGCGCGAGUGGGCCGGACUUUUGGGUCGACGAAGUCUGCUGCGCUAUUCGCGCCGUCUGCGGGAACUCUGUCAUCAGUGUGCUGCAUCGUCGUCGUCUUCCUCCUCUUCUGCGUGUGGUGGUGGGGGUGGUGUUGUGGGGGGUCCCUGUGUACUGUCGGCGUGCCUAGUGUCACUGGAACCAGAUAGUGCGUUGCGGCUCUUCCACGACCAGUUUACGCCAGACGAGCGGUUCUCAUCUUCGUGCGUGAACUACGAUCUUUGCACUCCACACGAUGCGACUGUUACUCACAUUCUCGUCUUUCCUACCUCUGCGACUACCCAGUCGUCACAGGCCACCUUUCAACAGGACCACAUGGACCCACUGUCGACUACACUUGGCGAUGACGAUGAGAUCUUCAAGUCGCUCACAGAAGACAUAGCUGUUGGCAAUGACUUCAACGACAUUUUGAACUGGACAGACAGUCCAGAGGCACCCUGCUCACCUACUCGGCGAUCUUCGCCACCAGGUUCUCCCGGAGGUGGCAUGUUGGGCAGUGGUCCAAGCGGGCGUCAAUCACCCUUUCACCAUGGCAGUGCACUUAGGGGUCCCGGAAGUGGUGGUGGGGAGCCCCAAGAAGAACCUAUGCAGCUGCUGCAACAACCUUUGGCAUUGGGCUAUUACGUGUCCACUGCACCGACAGGCCCUUUGCCUCGGUGGUUCUGGGCUACAUGCCCCCACCUAAGGGGUUCAUGUCCUGUCUUCCUCAAGAGUGCCCUGCUUCUGCACUGCCCCACUGUACACCAGAACCACGAUGACAUUUUGCAUGGAAACACACACAUGCGCAACUACCACCCGCUUGAUUCGAACUUGACCACCGAUGUGCUACGGUACGUGCUGGAAGGUUACAACACGCUUUCGUGGCUCUCGCUUGAUCCACACAGCCAUGACAGGCAGUCUUGUCUGCCGUUACACAUCCAAAACCUGAUGAAGCUCUACCAUGCUGUGGAGGCACUCCUCUAAGGAGAGAGUGGUCUCGCGUUUUUGUCUCAUCUAAGGCUGUGAGCGCUCUCGCCUGUGAAAAAAAAAAAAAAGCGAGAGGCUGGUGCAAGUGCAGCUUUGUGUGCGGAAGAGGUUGGCCGGUGCAAGGAGAAAAGUUGUUUUCCUUUUGUGUUUUUUCUCUCCCAUCCUGCGAGCGCUGCCAUCACGUCGUGUUUGUUGUUGUUAUGUAUUAUAUCGAUGCUGUCAUCCUCAGUCCUUGAACCGGUACCUGUGCUUUAUUUUUUUUUUACUGCUGCUUUCACCGGGUGAACAUAUGUGCCAGUUUGCAGACAGUGUUGUUGCCGCUCUUGGAAAGGAUUUUGGAUUGAGGGAAUGCUGUUGGUGAACCAAAAAACUCUCUUAACAUAAGAUUAUGCUUCUGGUGGUUGCUGUGGGGCCAAGACAUGAAGGAUUCUCCCUCUUCUUUCUUCCCUUUUUAUUCGUUUUUGGUAUACGGCAAGAGGUGCUGUUAUUUUAAAAAUGCACCAGUAUAUUGGUUUUUUUUCACAGGCAUAGUACCAGACGAGCAGCAAUACCUGUUUCAGUUGGAUAAAUGUAAAUGAGCUACGUCACAGAGACAUUCCUUGUAUGUGUAGGGGGCAGUCUGCAUAUUCACAAUGUGCAUACUGUGUCUCAUGCUGUCAUUGGAAAUGCCACGAGAGAGCUUUUAUGAUAAUGCAUUAUGAACCCUUACCUCCAAGACAGACAAUGCAAAGCCAAAGAGAAAAAGCAGCCUUGAUCAUUGGCUGCUAUCCAGAAGGCUACCAGCUCAGCACAUACCACGCUAUGUCAUGCAUCGGGGCCAUAGUCAACGAAGCAAUACCUUUUGCCCCAUUCUGACGUGCAUUCAUAUGUGUGAAAUAGUUCUGUUACUACUCUCAGGGAAAAGUGAGUCAGUGGCAGCUGCUUCCAUUGCGAAUGGAAUGUCAUCCUACAGUUCAUAAUGACUGCAUGCGUUACAGUUGUCAUUGCCGCACAGGUCAUAGCCCUUUUUUUUGGCGGCAUUCUUGUUUCUCUUGGUGACUUUCUCAUGUGUGAGCGCUUAUUGCUUAGUUCCCAUGUUGUUCUUUUUUUUUUCCCCUCUUUCUCCCUUGUUCCUCCUUCAGCACACUUGUUUCAUACUCUUGCUGAGGAUGCAGCAUCUUCUGUACAAAUGUAAAAAAAAAAUGGUUUCUUGCCUCUUUAACAGACUGCAGGGAGAAGGGAAAUGAAAAAGCAUGUUCUUGUUUUGCUCAUUUUUAAAGCUGCCUUCUUGAACAUCAGCUAUGUUGUUAAUAUAUGCACAUAAUAUAUGUACACUACUGAAAGCGCUUAGGUCAGCAACAGCAGCGCAACUGUUGUUUUACCUGCCGGUGGAAGGACUGUUUUAGCUGAGACUUUCUCUCCAAUGUGUUUUGUUUUUUGCCCAGACUUAGAUGCAUUAUUCUGUCACUGCAUAACAUUCUUUACUAAGAAGGAAGCUUUUUAUAGUCUAGUUUAGGCUAUUUUUGUUUUUUUAAUGUGACUUGGUCUUUAUUAGUUGUGACUUGGCUGGUAGCUGUUGAAAUGCUGUCUUUUCUGAGACUAACUUUUAUGCAUAGCAUAAACAUUGUUUGAAGAUCACAUAAGCAACAUUUGGCAAAGAACUUUUUAGCUUGCACAAAUAGGCAUUCUGCCUCAAAUUGUCUGGUAAAAUAGUAACACAGUCAAGUCAACAUAUCAGCAUGACAAUGGGGAGCGGGAGACGGGGACAUAUUUACCAGACGAUCUACAUGCAUUGAGCCUAGAUAUAUAUUGACUACCCAGUUUUGAUUAAUAUUGACAGGGGCUAACAAGAUGAACUCGUGAGAACAUGUCAGCCGUGCUGUAUAUAAAAGGAUUUGUCUUCUUCCUCCCACUACAUCCCGUUCUCUCAUCAGCUCAGCUGUACAUUAUUGUGCAUGUGUAUACUAUUUAAUGAAAAGGGGGACAGGAAGUCUUAGUCUUUUUUGUUGUGCCUUUUUUGUUUUCUUCUAUGAAUUUAUUUAUUGUGCCUGUACAUGACGCAGCCCUUUUGGUGAAGAGUGGUUUUUUUUUCCUGCAUAUACAAUGGUUUGAAGAGCAAUGUAUCUACUUAGCCUUGUUACAUAUUAUACAUACUAUAAAUAUAUAAGUAUACAUAUAUAUAUAUAUAAAUAUAAAUAAAAUUAUAUAUAUACAUAUAAAUACGAGGUACACAUGACAACCUAUUUGGGCAACAGGAGACAUCUAUGUAUAAAGAAAACAGAAAAAAAACAAAACAAAGGGGCUUCAUGCACACCAAGUCAGCCGGAGUGGAUGCUAUGCUGCUCUUGUAGAAUGUGUACAUAAAAAGCACUAUGGCAGGCAUAUGUGUAUGUGUGCAUGUGUGUGUGUAUGCAUGGGCCAGCAGUGUUGUGUAUAAAAAGAAAAAAAAGUGUACAGCCUUAGCUCAUUUUAGGUCCUUUUUACAUGGCCCAGUUGUGCUGUGCAGCGUCUUGAAUUGUACACUUUUAUGAAGAAUGUUGAUUAAAACCUUGUAACUAAGAGAA